UUGGAAAUCCCUUCAAAUAUUUUCUAUCGAAUUCCAGUUGGACAUCAUGUUUCGAUGAAAAUUCGGAAAGGACGUGAGUUUAAAGCUAAUUUUUUAACCCUCAAAAUCAAGUUUCAGAAGCUACAUUAUAUCGACCUUACACUCCAAUAAUGUCAAAUUCAAAUGACAAAAAUCAAAUGGAUUUGAUGAUUAAAAUCUAUGAAGAUGGAAUUUGUACACCCUCAAUUGAAAAGAAUUUGAAAAUCGGAGAUUUUGUUGAAAUAAGUGAUCCGAUUGGUGAUAAAAAGUUUGAGGAAUGGAUCAAGAAUUCAGAAGAACUUGUAUUAUUGGCUGCUGGAAGUGGAAUUACUCCAAUGAUUGAUAUUUUGACUAUGAGAUUAGAUUUUGGGAAAAAUAAUGGGAACAAGACGAGUUUAUUGAUUUUUAACAAAACGGAAAAUGAUGUUGCAACGGAUGAAAAAACUAUUGAAAAUGGUUGGAAAUUGGCAGAAUUGGCAAGAGAUCAAAAUAUGGUUAGUGCUUCCAAUUUUUGAACAUAAAUUACAAUAUUAAAAUUUCCAGAUAAAAAAUAUCAUCGGUCAACGAAUAUCUACUGAAAUUCUCAAAGAAUAUAUAGAUAAAAAAGAUGUUUCAAGAAAAGCGUUUAUUUGUGGACCUGAUGGAUUUAUCAUAACUGCUAAAGAGUAAGUUCAAUAUGAUAUUUAAAAAUAAAUAGGGUUUUUUUUCAGAUCAUUAGAGGAAUUAGGAUUAUCGAGUGAUGAUGUGCAUAUUUUCCAAAGGUAG